AUGACUGAAUAUGAAGACCUAAAUCAAGAAGAAAUUAUUAGAGACCUUUGUUUGUGCAAUGGUUUAUCCUAUGAGGUGGUUGGACAAGAAGGAUGUAAUGCUUCAAAACUGGAGAUGUUUUUCUCAGGUUAUCCUCGUAUAAUUGGAUUAUCAUUAUUUCCUAAUUUGACAAGUCUCACAAUAAUUGCUCAAGAUAUAAAAGAAAUUUCGGGGUUACAGUCUUGUUUACAACUUAAAGAACUUUGGAUUGCUGAAUGCUUCUUAGAAGAAAUUAGAGGUCUUCAAGAAUGUAAACAGUUGGAAAAACUGUAUUUAUAUUAUAAUAAAAUUUCCAAAAUAGAAAAUUUAGAGAAAUUGCUCAAAUUGGAGGUGGUUUGGCUGAACCAUAAUAUAAUUAAAAAUAUUGAGGGCUUGCAUACUUUGAAGAAUUUAAAAGAUCUCAAUCUUGCUGGAAACCUCAUAUAUAACAUAGGUCGAUGCCUUGAUCGCAACGAGCAGCUAGAAAAAUUAAAUCUGUCUGGUAAUCAAAUAUGUUCUUUUAAGGACCUCACUAACUUAACCAGACUACGCUGCUUAAAGGACUUAUGUCUGAAUGAUCCACAGUAUAAAAGCAAUCCAGUCUGUCUACUGUUCAAUUAUUCCAUACAUAUAUUGUAUCAUCUGCCUUCUCUUCAAAGACUUGACACAUUUGAUGUGUCUGCAAAGGCAAUCAAAGAACUUGCUGAUAUGACAGUAAUGAAAAAAUUAAUGUAUUAUAAUAUGCGCUUGAAAAUUAUUCAGCGGCAUCUUGAUGCAGACCUUGAAAAGUUAAAUGAUCGAAAAAUCAAAUUAAGGAAAUUGCCUGAGGACAGAAUAAUAUUACUCAGCUUUGUGAAAAAAAGUAUGGAACAAGAAAUGACGGAACUCAGGGGACAUGUCUACUGGCACAAUAUUAAAUCCAAUAGUAGUAAGGUGUCUGUACUUGAAAAAACAAAGAACUAUGAAACUGAGACAGAAGACUCAUUGCCUCAGAAGAAGAUAUUGGCCAAACUAAAUGCCUUGAAUGAAAGGAUAGCAUUCUGGAACAAAAAGCUAGAUGAAAUUGAAGCAGUUCAUCAUAUGGAAGUAAAUCAGAAGAAGAAAAGUCAUAACUUAUUGGUCUCAUUUUUGUUAACUGAGUUGGAGAGUGUGGGAAAUAUCCACUUUGAAGAAGGCACACGUUCUGAUGACUGGUUUAAUGCAUGCUAUGAAUUGAUUCUAUCACGUUUUUGUGCAUGGGACUUCAAAACUUAUGGCAUUAUGGGAGUAAAAGUAAACCGCAUCAUUAAAGUUAACAACCGUAUUUUGAGACUAAAAUUUGAAGAGAAAUUUCAAAACUUUUCGGACAAUGAAUAUGUGAACAAUUCAGAGAACUGUCAAAAGAUGCUGGAAUGCCUAUUUUAUGUUUUUGAACCUGAAAAUGCAGUGAAGAAAAAACACCUACUACAAAUACUUGAAAAAGGAUUCAAAGACAGUGAAACAAGCAAGAUACCUCUCAAAAAUGAAGGUGUUGUUCUUGCUAACAGCCUAAGUAUAUGCGAAUGUCCUAGAAUUGAAUUUCUGAUGCAAAAGCACAAGGAUGAAAAUAAAAGUUUUCUUGAGCAUGAAGAUUUUAGACAUGGCAUCCUCCUCAUUACAAAGGUUUUUCUUGGCCAGUGUAUUCAAGCUUAUGAACAUGACUCGGUCAGUCGAGCCAACUAUCCAAGGGCCAAUUCAGUGUUUCUUCCUCAAAAAGUUUUACUAAAUUCUAUCGUUGGACCCAGAAACUGUGAUUGUCGCAUUCGGCACUGCAAGUGGUUUGUCUUUGAUCACGACCUUGUUUUACCAGAAUAUGUUGUUGAAUUUGAGUAUCUUACAGUGGUCAAGGCUCACUCUUUAUUUUCUUCAUUCAACAAUAUAAUUUUAGAAGAAAGCAAAAAUAUUUCAGAUGCAACAGUAGUAUCUCAGGAUUUGAAAUUUGAUGAUGAAGUUAUGAAAAUGGAACCCCAAAUCAAGUCCAAACCAAAACUUGUUAGUUUGAAUGAUAAAACAAUAUUUUCCCUCACCAAGACUAGCAGCUUCAGUCAUAUUGUGAGUCUGAAUCUACAUGGGAACAGCUUGAGUAAAUUGAGAGACCUCUCCAAGUUAACAGGACUUCGAAAACUUAAUAUAAGUUUUAAUGAAUUUACUUGUUUAGAUGAAGUAUACCACUUGUAUAACCUUGAAUAUUUGGAUGCAAGCCAUAAUCACGUGAUAACUCUUGAGGGAUUUAGGGGUCUUAUGAAACUAAAGUAUUUAGACUUGAGCUGGAAUCAACUAAAAAAAUCUGCUGAUGAAAUAAAUAUGCUGUGCAAACAAACCGCAAACCUUCUCUUUCUUGAUAUUCGACAUAAUCCAUGGCAAAAGCCAGACACAUUAAGGUUGAGUGUUAUUGGCAGAAUAAAGACACUUACUCAUUUGGAUGGACUCCCCAUUUCUGAAGAAGAAACAACAGCAGCUGCAAAAUUUAUUUCUGGAACAAAAAUUAGUCAGUUUUCUCUCAUACAGCAUUCUAGUACUAAAGAGGAAAAGCCACGGAUACUUAGUAUAUGGCCUUUUUCCAAAAUUCUGACACAGAUUUCAAAGACAGGACCACAUUUAUAUCUGGGUACAAAUUGGUACUUGAAGAUAACUGCCUUAAAUCUUGAUGGACAAAAUCUCUUUGAAAUCACAAAUUUAGAAAGAUUGGAAAAUCUGAAAUGGGCAUCAUUCAGCAAUAAUAAUCUCACAAAAAUGGAGGGCUUUGAAUCUUGUAUUAAUUUGGAAGAGCUCAUACUAGAUGGAAAUUGCAUAUCAAAGAUAGAAGGCCUUUCCAAACUGACUAAAUUAACACACCUAAGCAUGAAUAAUAAUCUUCUCACUAGUUUGGAAAAAAAUGUAUUUGAUAACAUGCUGCAUCUUCACUCCCUUUCUCUUGAGAACAACAAAAUUGCUUCAUUGAGUGGUUUACAGAAAGUUAUCACUCUAACCGAAUUGUAUCUUAGCAAUAACUAUAUCGCUGUAAAUCAGGAAAUCUGCAACUUAAAGAGUUUAUGCAACCUGGUAAUUCUAGAUUUGUUUGGAAACAUUAUUGUAUGGAAUCAAGAAAACUACCGGCUGUUUGUACUAUUUCAUCUUCCAGAACUGAAAGCUUUGGAUGGAAUACCAAUUGAACCAUCAGAGACUGAGUGUGCAAAAGAUUUAUUUGGUGGCCGACUUACUUCUGACAUGAUUGCAGAACAACAAGGACAUUCAGACUUCUUCCAAAUGCAAGAACUAAAUUGGCCAUCAUCCUCCAUUAGAACUGUGGAUUUGAUUCCAGUGGACCAAUUUCGAAAUGUGUGUAAUGUGAAUUUACAGAACAAUAACCUCACUUCGUUUAGUGGAUUAAUCUAUCUGCCCAGUGUGAAGGUGUUAUGCCUCAACUAUAAUCACAUUGAAUCAAUCAUGCCUAAACUAAAGCCUCAAGCUCACUUAACCAACAGACAACUGCUCUACCAGAAAGUUUCUUCAAGUGGCUAUGGACAAACAGCCUCAAAAUUGAAUAAAGAAACAGUGAACAGUGAAAAUUUGCCUACCAUAAUGCACAGUUUAGAAGUUCUUCAUUUGGGUUACAAUGGAAUUUGUAACUUAAUUGACCUCCAACUUAACAGACUAAGAAAUCUAAAAUUUCUAUUUCUACAGGGGAAUGAAAUCAGUCAAGUGGAAGGCCUUGACAGCUUAGUACAGCUUCAGGAACUGGUUGUGGACCGUAACCGCAUCAAAGCAUUCAAUGACAGUGCCUUUGCCAAACCGAGCUCCCUCUUGGCACUUCGCCUGGAAGAAAAUAGGUUACGGGAGUUAAAUAAAUUGCAACCAUUGGUAAAAUUAGAGAGGCUUUUCCUAGGAUAUAAUAAAAUACAGGAUAUAACAGAACUGGAAAAGCUUGAUGCUAUCCCUUCUCUCAAAGAGCUUACAGUUUAUGGCAAUCCUAUUUGUAGAAAAACAGUCCACCGCCACAUAAUCAUAUUUCGACUACCAAAUUUGCAGCUAUUAGAUGGAAUUCCUGUUAGUGCAGAAGAUAGAGCAAAGGCUGAAUUUCACUUCUCUGAACUACAAGCAAAGAAAAAUUUGUUUACUCCUGUUACUAGCUCUUCUAUGGAUUAUGGAUCAUUUGGACCACUGAAAGGUCCUUCCCUAAAAAUAACAAAUGUAAUUCUACCUGGUGGACUUAACCAUUACAUGGAAUCGGAUUUUACUUUACCUACUGAACCUGAAGACAAAAAGAGAAAGAACUCAGGAAUUCUGACAAAUAGUCCUCGGAACGUUGAUGCAGAAUUAGCUUUUCGGCAAUUCAGAGGGAUACAUUUUCCUUCAUCUAUCUUAUCACAUCCAAAUUUGACUUCUCCAGCUACACCCACAUACCAGAACAUUGAAGAUGAAGCAAGCAGCACUUGUGGGAGUUUACAUUGCAAAGCAUAUCCUUUACCCGUGGAACUCUAUUACCAAAAUUUGCGAGUGACAUCCCAAGCAGUGUCCAGUAUUCUAGGAGCCAGUCUUAGAGAUAUCCAGCUAAUUAUGCCAGAUAGUUUAGCUCUCAUCCAGAUGAUGGACCACCAAGCUGGACCCGAUGCGAGACCCUUUGCAGGUGGAUUUUUUGCUGCUGGAUCCUAUGCAGCUGAACCCGAUGCAAAAACCCUUUGCAGCUGGAUCCAAUGCAAGACCCUUUGCAGCUGGAUUGUUUGCAGCUGGAUCCUAUGCAGCUGGACCCGAUGCAAAAACCCUUUGCAGCUAGGCCUUGUCGGGGGAGCCCGAGGCGCCCGGAGCCGCGCGGACAGGAGGCGUCUCUCCAUCCACGGAGAUCCGGGGAAGCCGCAGCAUCUGGAACCAGCCCGGGUCCGUAGGCUUCUCUGUCCUUUGUUGAACCAAUCAGACGCCGCCCCGCGGGGAACGUUGCGUCGCCAAGGCAACGACGCUCUUCUACAUGCGGCCAGGGUGAAAGGUCAGGGCCAAGCCCGAGGCGUCCGUCGCCACCUCGGCGGAGCUUCCUCCGGCGAGGCUCGGUUCCGACUGUUAACCGGACCGGGAGCAGUCGGAACUCCGCGCCUCCGGCAUCCCCGUAGGAAAGGACGGAUCCCCCCCAAAACCGGUCAGCGAGCAAGCACUGGGCGCCCUCAAGCCUCCUUGCGCAAGCGCACUGCUCGCUUCCGGUGCUGUCGGCCACGCCUCCCGCGCGUGCGCGCUGACUCGCCGCCGCACGUCCCCGCGCACGCGCGCUACCUUGCUUCCGGGGCCACCCAACACAGCUCCUCGCGCACGCGCACUGACUCGCCGCCGCGCCUUCCCCUCGCAAGUGCACUGCUGCUGGCUUCCCGGACCGCCCGUCGGGCCUCUCCGCGCACGCGCAGUGACUAG